GCUCGCCGGCAGGGCAGGCAGGCAGGCAGGGAGGGCAGAAAGUGAAGUGACUCGGAGCUUUAAAGGCAUUUUUGGCGUGUCUCUCUCCGGGUGAAGUUACUGACAGGCCGCCACCAUGCGGAGGUGUAAGAACUGUGGAGGGACGGAUAUUGAUGUGGACCAGGCACGUGGAGAUGCCGUGUGUAUGGGCUGCGGCUCUGUCCUGGAGGAUAACAUUAUCGUUUCAGAAGUGACGUUUGUGGAGAGCAGCGGUGGUGCAUCCUCAGCAGUCGGACAGUUCGUGGCAUCAGACGCACAGGGAAAUGUACCUUCUUUGGGUGGAAACUACACUGGGAUGGGAAAAGAGUCCCGAGCACAGACGCUACAGAACGCGAAGCGGAAUAUAAAUCACCUGGGUCGCCAGCUACAGAUGAACCAGCACUGCCUCGACACGGCGUUCAAUUUCUACAAGAUGGCGCUGUGCAAGCGUCUGACCCGUGGGAGGAAAUCCGCCCACGUCAUCGCCGCCUGCCUCUACCUGGUGUGCAGGACCGAGGGGACACCACACAUGCUGCUGGACCUGAGUGAUUUGCUGCAGGUGAACGUGUAUGUGCUGGGCAAGACUUUUCUGGUGUUGGCUAGAGAACUCUGCAUCAAUGCUCCAGCUAUAGAUCCCUGUUUGUACAUCCCACGAUUUUCCCACAUGCUGGAGUUUGGAGAUAAGAGCCAUGAGGUUUCAAUGACAGCACUCAGACUUGUUCAGAGGAUGAAGAGGGACUGGAUGCAUACAGGACGAAGACCCUCGGGACUCUGCGGAGCAGCCCUGUUGGUUGCUGCUCGUAUGCACGAGUUCCAUCGCACCAUCAAGGACGUGAUCGGUGUGGUAAAAGUGUGUGAAGCCACACUGAGGAAGAGGCUUAGUGAGUUUGAGGACACGCCCACUAGUGAGCUGACCAUCGAGGAGUUUAUGAAGGUGGAUCUGGAGCAGGAGUGUGACCCGCCCUCCUUCAAAGAUGGACAAAGGAAGCUGAGGCUGCAAAAGAUUGAAGAAGAGCUGUCCAAGAAGAUCGACGAUGUUCAAGGUGAAAUCUGUGGCUAUCAAGACGAGAUUGAACUGGAACUGGAGACCAGCAGACCCAAAGCCAAAGGGCUUAUUGCGAUUAUCAAUAAAAACGACAGUUCAGCCCCCUUGGCGUCCACUGGUACCUGCGACGUGGACGACGAGGAUGAAGAGCUCCAAGCGGUAGCAUCUCACCUGAACAAGGACCUGCUUGACAUCAAUGAGGAUGAGGAGGGAGAUGAGGAAGAACAAGACGAGCUGAGAGAGGAAGAGCAAGACACUCGAAUGAAGCGUCCUUCUCUGGAGGUUCUGCUCGGACCUCUGCCCACCGCCGCCAGCCUCGGCCUCUCCGACUCCAUCAGCAAGUGUGUAGGAGAGGAGAAGGAGAAUGAGAACGAUGAAGAAUUUGAUACUGGUGAACUGGACCUGAGUGGGAUCGAUGAUGAUGAAAUAGAACGGUACAUCCUAAAUGAAAAGGAGGUCAAGAUUAAAACUGAGCUGUGGAUGCUGGAGAACGCAGAUUACCUCAAAGAACAGAAAGAGAAGGAGGAGAAAAUAGCAAAGGAGAAAGAGCUGGGCAUUUACAAAGAGAAAAAGCCGAGAAAGCCACCACAGAAGAAGCAGGCGAUCAAUGCCAGUACGGCGGACGAGGCCAUAGAGAAGAUGCUGGAGCAGAAACGCAUCUCCAGUAAAAUCAACUACGACGUGCUGAAGGACCUGAACAGAUCGAGUCUGAAAAGCGAGUCUUCCGAGCCCAAAGAGUCUCCGAGCCGAGUUCCGCUGAAGAGGACGCCAGCUCACCCACGCAAAGCGAACCAGCUCUCGGCCAGCCUGGCGGUGCCUGCCAGUAACUUUGGCAAGAGGUUACGGCCUCUGAUCUCACCACAGCCUGCUAAGAAACCACUGCUGGAUCAGCUGGUGUCUGAAGCUCCAGCAGCCCCUGCUGUUGUAACCCAGAAUGCCGUGCUGGUGGAGAGCGGCCCAGUAGCAUAUGAAGAACCAGGAGAGGAUGAGGAGGAGGAAGAGGAGGAGCCCUGUGUCAGUGCAAUGCAACUCAUGGGAGGCGGCGAUUACGGUUAUGAUUGUGAGGAUGAUGAUGGAUUCUAGCGCCAUCUGCUGUAUGUUUCAGUGAGAUACGGACUUCUAAAACUCACUAAAAUCCCCUGUUGCUGCUGCCUUUAAAAAAUAUUACUGCUAAGGUGCUGAUGCUGAUACACAAGCAUGAAUCUUUCAGGAUGAGAAGCUGAACUCUUGUAUAAUGAUUUUAUUUUGUAUUAUUUUAUUAAGGAUUAUCUAUGCAAAUGUGCAUGUUUAAGGCUUUAACUUCAAACUAGUACCUUGUAUUAAUAGUGUGAAUACUUGUUAUACAUGCUAACUUAAUCAGGUCAGACUGCAAUAGAGGGUUUCAAGCUGUGGAGCCCGAGUACCUGUCUAGGAAGGUGUGCGAUGAGGGUUUAAACACAUCUGUGGUUUAUUCGGGGCAGAGGGCACGUCCUUGUGCUCUUUAUCAAACAGACACAGAUGUGAAAGGAGCUCUGCACACUUUCCUUCAUUCAUCCAUCUUCAGGUAAAUGCCUCAUUCUGAUCAGGGUUGUGACUUCCAAAAAACGCUUGGUGCAAUGUGAUUUCACCUCGCUGACAAGGCAGCAAUCCAUCACUGGACACUCACUCACACCUAGGGAUAAUUUAAAGCAGCCAGUUCACCUUCAUGAUGUUUUGUUUCUGGAGAAAGCCAUGGGAAGGACAAAAUUUUUCACAGACAGGCACUGUUUGAACCUACGACUCAAGACCACUGACUACCUGCUUCUCACAUAUAUUUCAGUUUUUAGAUGUGCACAAUUCUUCAAAUCCAUGUUUUAAUGGUCAGUUUUGUGUGUGUGUUAGGAGAGCAAAGUGAAGAAUAUAAAAACAUUAAGAUUAGUGCAAAUCCCAAAGUACUGAUAUUUGUGGAAAAAUUGAUUAUGACUGAAUAAUUGGAACACACUUCUUGUACGGCUUUAUGAAAAUUUACAUCUGACACUAUCCAAAGUCAAGCAAGCUUUAUAUCAUCAUGAACAUGAAUCAUUCCCUGAGAGACCACUGUUCCAUGCCCUUUUUUAAUGGAUGCAGAUGCGCUGUAUCUGUCAGUCAUUAGAAAGAAAAUAGUAGAUUGUGUUGUUGUAAAUGACGUUCUCAGAAAACUCACAAGAAAUUUAAAAGGACUUUCAUUUGUUGUUUGUGUUCCAAUCAUUCAGUCACAGAAAACAGUUUCAGAAAUGAUCCCACGACUGGCAUAACUCAUCCCUGAAAGAUGUCUGUAAACGUUUGACCUCAGGUGUAUGCUCCCUGCUGCUAAUCCAGUCCUCAUUUUCAGUUUGCUUUUUUACUGUGUUCAGGUUAUAGUUAGGUUGUUAUUUUUUGAUCUGGAGAACAUGAUGUUUACACACUAUGAGAACAGUCCUGAUUAUUAUAGUUAGAUUAUUGCUGUAUUCAAUGUUCUUGUGAUUAUUUAUUUGUUUUACAGUCCUGUGUUGGGACUGGCGUUUUACAUCAAUAUGCACACUAUUGAAAUAAAUGACAAUUUGUGGUUGAACAGUAA